AUGGGCGGGGCGGGGGCGGAGCCGUCGUUGCAAUUGGGCACGUGGCGUUGUCCGCCGCUGUGUUCCUGCAUUUCUUUCUACCCACUGCUGUUUCCUUUCUCUUCCACAGGCAGCCCCUGCACCUGCUCCAGCUCCUGCGGCUGCAAAAACUGCAAGUGCACCUCCUGCAAGAAGAGCUGCUGCUCUUGCUGCCCCGUGGGCUGCUCCAAGUGUGCCCAGGGCUGUGUCUGCAAAGGGGCAUCGGACAAGUGCACGUGCUGUGCCUGAUGUGAGGACAAUGCUGCUCCCACCUGUAAAUAGUAUGGACCAAUGCGGAGUUUUUCAUGCGGCUCUACCCUGUUUACUAAACCCCCUUUUCUAUAAAAUAUGUGAAUAAAAUCCAUUUUGAUUCUA